UAAGCGCUCUGACGUCAGCAGGUUAUCAUGGAGGAAUAUGCCCGUGAACCCUGUCCGUGGAGGAUAAUUGAUGACUGCGGCGGUGCAUUUACCAUGGGGGCCAUUGGAGGGGGGGUUUUCCAAUCUGUUAAAGGCUUUCGAAACGCACCUGUGGGUGUUCGACACAGGCUAAGAGGGAGCGCAAAUGCUGUGAGAGUAAGAGCACCACAAAUUGGAGGUAGUUUUGCUGUAUGGGGUGGACUCUUUUCCACCAUAGACUGUGGUCUUGUGCGUUUGCGGGGUAAGGAAGAUCCUUGGAACUCCAUCACCAGUGGAGCCAUGACUGGAGCUAUACUGGCAGCACGCAGUGGACCGCUAGCCAUGGUGGGCUCUGCAAUGAUGGGCGGGAUUCUGCUUGCCCUAAUCGAGGGAUUCGGGAUACUUCUUACAAGAUACACAGCACAGCAGUUUCAGAAUCCGAAUCCUUUUGUGGAGGACCCGAGUCAGCUUCCCCCAAAAGAAGGCCAAGAGACACGCGGUUAUGGACAGUAUCAAUAAAAUCACUGUUGCAGUGGUGACUGCAGUAUUAUAGACUGUGAAAAAAGAGAGGAUUGUUAGAAGUUUAGGACCCUCAUUAUAGUUUACAGUCCCCCUUAUAGACAUGGGAACGUCCUGAACUUCUCGUCCUCUAUUAGAUGGCCACUCAGGGGCAAGCAGUAUGUCAUUUGUGUUAUGUAUGAAUUGCAAUAUACACUUGUAUUUUGUCCUGUUGAGAAGGGAAUAUUGUCAUCCAAAGAUUUUCAUCAAGCAUACUAAGGCAGAACUCAAUCUACAUAUUUUUAUAGUUCAUACAGGCCUAUUUGAACACCUCAUAUUAAAACAAACAUACUGUAUAAUUAACUAGAUCAUGCAGAGAUAUUCUGAGUAUGUAAUUACUUUCAACAAGACAUGAAUAAUGAUUCCUAUGAAAGUUCAUUUUAAAAAUAGUUCUAAUUUUGAUUUUUACAUCACUGAUGCAGUGUUAUGAAAAUGAGCAAUGCAAACCUGCAGUACUUUUUAUAUAAAGUUUAUCUUAAUCUAAUACAUGACCUAAACCUGACUGAUCUAUUUUAGAUUUUGAUUUAGGUCUUCUUAAAUUAUUAUAAUUGAGAUCUUUCAGAGACUUUGGAUCGUUUCCAUUCAAGCUACGUAGCUUGUCUUCCAUUUUUUACUGAGAAAAUCAAAUUAAUUUCAGGAGAGACACCAUUGUUGAAGAUAAUAUUCAACUUUAAUGUUUCUCUGCCAAAGAAAAUUACAAGUAAAUGCAUUACAAAAGUCAUUCAUUCUCUCCAUAUUUUCAAUCUCGCCAGUUUGGUACUGAUUAUUUUCCUACUCUUUCUUUAUCAGAAUCUUUGUGUAAUGUCUUGUAGGUGUUUUUUUUUUUUUUUUUUUUUUUGAUGGAUUAUUUAUUUUUGGAGCACUAUAGAGACAAUAAGAGGAUAUGUAUGUAUAAGUAGCCUGUCUCAAUAAAGUAUUUUAUGGUUGAUGCUUAGAUGUA